AUGACGCUCAAGCAACACCUUGUUUUGACUUGCGGUGAUCAACUCAGCGACGUGGCCUGGGCGUCCAAGGAUAUGGAUCUCGCUGUUGGCAGGUUUUCGGGUGCUGAGACUGAUUGUGCCAAGCACUUGAACGGCUUCAAAGUGGGUAGUCGCUAUGAUGGCACCUUCAAGAACACGACCCCAAUGGGCAGCUGCGAUCAAAAGCAGAGUCUCAAAAUGAUGUCUGACGCAGCCAAAGAGGAAGUUAAGGAAUUUAUCAGUGCCCAGUUGGAAGCGUACAGCGCUUCCGGUACCCGGUGGCUCUUCUGGGCUGGUAAGGCCGAAAAGACUGCUGAUCUGUAG